AUGAAGUGUGUUUUAGAACUGAUUGAUGAACCUGUAGAGAGCGCCAAGAAAUCAAAACAAAGAGUUCUGAAUAUAGUUUUUUACUGUGAUGUCUCUAACAGUAAGCUGUCAGACUUAUUUUCAUCUAAUAGAUCUGCUUAUAAUGAAUGCGCACAAAUGUAUUUCUACAAUUACUUACAAAAAUCAAUAAAAAAGCACCAUCUGGAUGACCACAUAAGAACCCAUACGGGCGAGAAACCAUUUGCAUGCCCACACUGCCCAUACAGAUGUUCAAAAAAUAUUAAUUUAAAGAUCCAUAUUAGAACACAUACAGGAGAAAAGCCUUAUGUUUGUCCAAAGUGUCCAUUCAGGACAGCACAAAAAGUGAACCUGGGCGGACAAAGUAAGGGUCACAGAGACGCCGCCGGAAGAUCACAGAGGUCCAGCCAAGGGGCCUCGUCGACCAGAAAUCACGAGUGUGUCUUCUGUGACUAUUCUACCUCAAGGAAACACGGCUUGAUCGUUCACAUGCGGACGCACACUGGGGAGAAGCCCUUUGCAUGUCCACAUUGUCCGUACCGAUGCUCGAAGAAGAUUAACCUUAAGAUUCAUAUCAGAACGCAUACUGACAAGGACUCCACAAAUGAAAGUGAAACUGUAGAUACUGAACAUUACCGAAACCACAAACCCACAAAACCUUAUAAUCCUUUAACCAACGAAAUCUUAAAAAUGACAAAGAUGAACACAAAUCUGGGGUCCCGCCUGAAUGGUGUGUUCGCAGUACCUGACGCGCCAACCUCCCUGACCACAAGCUUUAUUCGCUGCGUCAGAAGUGGGCUCAUGGAAAUCACUGGUGACGUUUGCAAUAAGAGGGAACUAGAAAGCUACAGAGUCUAA